UCCAUGUCGUUCAAUUUCUGUCAUUGUAUUUUUUUUUAUUAAUAAAUUAUCGUGUGAAUUUCCUUUAGAUUGAAACUGGUUGAAAAAUUCCAAUUGAAAUAUCGAAAUUGUUAAAACAGUCAGUAUUAAAUGAAAAUGGAUUAUAUGCACGAUGAUAUGAGUUGGUCGGAUGUUCGUGAUCUGUUCCGUAAGUGGCGCGAAGACAAUGAACGUCGAAGUGAUGAAAUCAUUCAUUUGUGGGAAACGAUUCUCGAUGAAAAACAAAAUAAAUUGGAUGGUGAACGUCAUUUGGUACUUGAGCAAGUGAUCAUUGCUGCACUAGAUUGUAAUCGAAUCCCAAUCGCUGAAAGUUGUAUACGAAAGCUAUCAAACGAAUUUCCGGGCAGUUUACGUGUACAAAAAUUCAAAGCGAUGCGACUCGAAGCAUUGGAAAUGUUUGAUGAAGCCAUAGAUGUACUGAAUGCAAUUAUUGCACAAGAUGAAACGAAUGCGGCGCCGCGAAAACGAAAAAUUGCCAUUUACAAAGCCAAAGGCAAAAAUACCGAGGCGAUUCGGGAACUUUGCGAUUAUACAAAAUUGUUUAUGUCAGACCAAGAAGCAUGGCAUGAAUUAUCCAAUUUAUAUAUGGCCGAAGGUGAAUUUGGCAAAGCAGCAUUCUGUAUGGAAGAAUUAUUGCUACAUAAUCCACAUAAUCAUUUGUACCAUCAGCGUAUCGCAGAAAUUCGUUACACAAUGGGUGGAUUAGAAAACAUUGAGCUGGCCAAAACAUACUAUUCACAGGCGGUCAAAUUGAAUCCAAAUAAUUUGCGUGCAUUAUAUGGACUAUAUUUGUGUUGCAAUCAAAUAAGUGGAUCCAGAUCAUCGGUGAAUAAGCGAAAAGAUGCUCAAAAAUUGGCACAAUUGAUUUUAACAAAAAUUCAAGCAAAGUACAAUAGCGAAGCAGAUGAGGAGGGAAAAAACACUGUAUCACUGUCAGCAUUGGAGAAUGCAUUCGGAAAUCUUGACGUUAAAUCCAACUAGCCUUUUUUGAAUUGAGGCAGAACGAUCAAACGAGUUACGAACACACACAGAGAGGGACACAUAUAAAUCACAAGCACCCGAAAACAAUUACAGAAAUAUUAUACGAAGUACCGUCUAGUUUAUUGUCAUUUAAAUUGCAAAUAUUUUAUAAACAAAAAUUAAUUUCGAGACCAAAACAUUCAGCAAAAGAAAAUUAUUAGAAUAUCAACAUAAUAAAUGAACAAGUGGUUUCAGUUUUGUGAAUACAUUUAUAAUCAAUGAUGAUGUCGAACAUCCAUUUCAACAUUGUGUAGUUUAUUUUCCAUGAACACAAAAAUAUACAUUGAGUAUUACAUAGAAAUGUUUAGAAAUAAUUCCAACCAAAACUACUACAAUUCCAACAAUUUUUAAUUUAAAAUCGUUUUCAAUUAAAUAUUAUUUAUGAGCCGCA